CCUAAUGACGGCUUUCUAUGAAGGCCUAAAUGAAAACUCACGGAUAUUAUUGGAUGCCUCGGCGGGUGGAUCAUUCAUGAGCCUUGGACUUGACGAAGCUGAAGAACUCAUUGAGCGGAUCUCAACAAACGGAUCCACCUGGUACUCUGACCGUCCAUCCACUCAACAAAAAAUUGGAGGCAUGUACGAAGUUGAUCAAAUGUCGGCCAUGGCUGCUAAGGUCGAUAACAUGAUGAGCAUGAUCCAAAAGAUUGCCCAAGUCUCUGCUGUGCAAAACACUACGCCAGCACCGCCUCCUGUUCCUGUUCUCAUGUGUGUAUCUUGUGGUGGACAACAUGAUGAAUCCACGUGUCCAUGGGAUGCAAUGGAGCAAGUUGAUUAUGUCAACUACAACCGGCCGCAGCAACAACAAAAACCAUUUGGCGGAUUUAGUUCUCAAAACAGAAAUCAUCCUGAUUUCUCUUGGAGCAAUCCCAGUGGAGCUGCCAAUCCACAAGCUUAUCGGAGUUCACCACCCGGCUUUCAAAAUCAUCAGCAACAACAAUUUAGAGGUGGCCAAGGUUUUGCUAACAAUCAACAGUUUAAGCAAAACCAAAGCUUCCCCUAUGUUUCCAAUCAACAAAAGCCGAUCCUGCCAACUCCUGAAACACCACCGGCUCCCGGCUUGGAGAACAUUGUUGAUCAACUUCUAAAAUCUCAACUAGCCCAAGCUGAAACCUUGAAGAAGAUUUCUGAAGAGCUUACUCAACUUCGAGCUCACAAUAGGAUGCUUGAAAAUCAAAUCUCUAGUCAAGCAUCAACAUCAUCAACAAAGGUGACCGGGAAAUUGCCAGCUUGUCCUGAGAAUCCAAGAGAGCAAAUGAAUGCUAUCACUACUCGGAGUGGGAAACAAAUUCAAUCUCCAUCUCUUCCGAGUAGUGAUCCUGAAGAAGAAAGAGGAGAGGAUGUCAAAGAAGAAGCUCAAAACAAAGUCAAAGGAGAUGCUGUUGAAAUGCUGCCGGAGUCAAUCCAGAUCAAAGAAGGAAAGAAGAAAGAAGAUGAGG